AUGGGAGCUUGUACAUCAACGAAACAAAAAAGAUAUGAGAUAGUGAGGACAUUAAUGCCAUAUAAGUAAAAAAUAGAAGUAUCUGAUUAGGGUUCAUAUAAUGGCGAUAAUAUGGCCAAAGAAUUAGCAUAACUUAUUUGAUUUUGAGUCUAGUUCAUAUGCUGUGAAAGAGAUUGAGGUUGAUUUUUCAGGUAAUAUGAUGAAGAAUCUAUAAUUUUAGCUCAAUUAGCAACAGUGGAUAAGGAACUUGUGGCUUUAACUAAAAGUGAAUGGGCUCGUAACUCGAUUGAAAUAGCAAAUAUAAUAUUAAACGAAUAAUAAGCAUAAAUACACAGUAUAUCAUAAUAACAAGAUCAUAAAUUAUGGGCUGUAUUGAAAUCAGAAGCUAAUUAGUUUUAAUCAAUAGAUGUAAGAGUUUUUAUAUGUUUAAAGUAUUGGGAUUUAAAAAUAGGAGAUAUAGUAAAGUUGGGAAGAGUAAGAAUGCAAUUAUUAGAGUAUGCAUUUAUGACUCCAUGUGAUGAAGCAACUCAAUAUUAAGAUGAAUAAGAAGAAGAAAUUUAAACAAUUAGUGAUGUAGCUAGUUGUAGGAUAUGCUUUUCAAGUAAGGCAAGUGAAAUAAAUCCUUUGAUAAGUCCAUGUAAAUGUGAAGGAUCAGUAAAAUAUAUUCAUUUAGAAUGUUUAUAAAAAUGGAUUGGAAUUUAAUUAAAAAUAAAAUAAGGCGAUCAUUUUAUCUAAUAUCUUUUUAAGAGAUUAGAUUGUGAAAUCUGUAAGUUUACCUUUAGAAAUACAUAUACUUUUUAAGACAAGAGUUAUUCUGUUUUAAAAUUACCAAAACCAAAGUCAUCUUAUAUAACAUUCAAAGUUACAAAUGAUGAUAAAUCUAAAGAGGCUAUGAUUUAUGUUGUCGAAAUAGGUGAAAAAACGGAAUUGAAAAUUGUAAUUUUUAGUUUUAUAAUUUAUUUAGGGUAGAGUUCCAGAUUGUGAUAUUAAAUUAAGAGAUAUUUCAGUUUCUCGUUCUCAUGCUAUGUUGAAAUUAAUACCAACUAAUAAACAUACACUUGAUAAUCCUGAUUAUACUAUUAGAGUUUAAGAUUGUAAAAGCAAAUUUGGAACUUUGGUUUUAGCUCAAGAUGAAGAUUUAUUAAUCAUACCAGAAGAUGGAAAAUCUCCAAUCUUAUUUUAAACUGGGAGAGUCCUCUUAUAAUGUGUUUAAAAAAAAAAAUUAACUUAAAAACCAGCAUAUAAACAUCCUGAUAAUGUUGUAUUAAUUUAAAUAGAAACUAAACCAUAAUUAGAUCAAUAAGAACAAAUGUAGGAUUCAUUUGUGACUCAUGAUGAACUUACUGCUGGCGAUAUUAUCAUUAGUAAUUCUUAAAACCCAUAAAAACCUUAACCUAUUGAAGAUGUGAAGGAAGAUAGUAUCUGUGAUGAAAGAUGAUACAUAAGG